AUGACAAAAUGGUCGGAUAAGCCCUUUCUGUUUUUGUUUUGUCAUAUCACUGGAAAUCCACAUAAUGUUUUUGAUCCUGGUGUUGUUGUUGCAUUUGGUAGUGGAGGAUUCUCAUCAUCAUCAAAAUAUCAUGCAUCAGGUCCUAAGAAAGCUUUAUAUCAGAAAUGUCAUCACAGUUGCCUGACAUUUUUAAUAAAUGAAGCCUAUACAAGUCAG